AUGCAUUUUUCUAGACUUGUCGCCAGUGCGCCUCUUGCGCUGGCCGCUACCAUCCAUCACCACAACAAUGGUGGCAGCGAUGGCCAACGCUUCCUCUUUGGAGGAGGACGAGGCCAUGAUGAUUUCACAUGCGAUCUACCCUCUGCCCUGGAUCCCUCAGACGACGGCCUCCCUUCAGCCACUUCCCUCUUCACCUCCAAGGAGGCCCUCGCGAGGCAGAUCGAGCGGCACUCAGCCCUUGUCCGGGUCCCCACGAUCUGUUACGACGACCUGGGCCCCUUCGAUACCGACCCGAGGUGGGCGCCGUACCACGAGUUUCACGAUGUCCUGGCCAAGACCUUCCCCCUGGUGCAUCAGCGCUUCACCCGCCAGAAGAUCAACACCUUCGGCCUCCUCUACACCUUGCCAGGCUCCGACCCGUCCCUGAAGCCGCUCAUGCUCGCCGCUCACCAGGACGUUGUCCCUGUCGCCGACGCCUCGACCUGGACCCAUCCGCCCUUUGACGCCUACUUCGACGGCACCUGGCUCUGGGGCCGUGGCGCCUCCGACGACAAGAACAGCCUGACGGCCCUCCUCUCCGCCGUCGAGACCCUGCUCGCCCAGCCCGGCUUUCAGCCCCGCCGCACUGUGCUGCUCGCCUUCGGCUUCGACGAGGAGUGCAGCGGCGCCAAGGGUGCUGGCCACAUCGCCACGCACCUGCGCGACACCCUGGGCGAGGACUCCCUCGCCAUCGUCCUCGACGAGGGCGGCAUGGGCCUCCAGCAGAUUGGCGACGUGCUCUACGCCCUCCCCGCCGUCAUGGAGAAGGGCCACGUCGACAUCUGGUUCAGCCUGCACCUCCAAGGCGGCCACUCCUCGACCCCCUUCCCGCACACCGGGAUCGGCAUCGUGAGCGAGAUGGUCGUCGCCCUCGAGAGCAACCCCUACCGGCCCGAGCUCAUCAGGAACUCGCCCAUCUACAACCACUAUGUCUGCCAGGCCAGGUACAGCCCGGACGCCGAGCCCGAGGUCACCAAGCUGCUGCACGACGGCGACCUGGAGACCCUGGCCGAGGAGCUGGCGUCCCAGGACCGCAGCACGCACUACAGGCUGCAGACGAGCCAGGCCGUCGACUACAUCGGCGGCGGCCAGAAGAUCAACGCCAUGCCCGAGGUGGUCACGCUCGGUGUCAAUUACCGCGUCGCGCCGCAGGAUCACAUCGGCAAGAUCAUGCACAAUGUGGUCAAGUACAUCACGCCCGUGGCCAACAAGUACGGCGUCACGCUCAAGCCCUUUGAGAAGGACGACGAGUACGCUGCGUAUGUGCAGGAGGCUGGCGCUGAGCACGACCUGUGGGCGAUGAAGGGUGGUGCGGGUGCGGGUGAGGUCGACGUGCUGUACGACGUCGACUACAACGCUACGCUGGUCCUGUCCGCGAGCCAAAAGACCCAGGCCGCACCCGUGAGCCCGUCGAAUGAUGAUGACGUGUGGGAUGUCUUCUCCGGCACGAUUCAGCAUUCCUUUGCGUUUGACGGCGGCAAGGUUGUGCCCGUUGGGGAGUUGAUGACGGGUAACACCGACACAAGGCAUUACCUUGAUUUCACCCGCCAUGUCUACCGCUGGUCUCCAACGCGCCAGGGCGGCAGUGAUAACAUACAUACAAUCGACGAGAGGGUCAACAUGACCGUCCACAUGGAGCUAGUACGGUUCUACUACGACUUCGUCCGCAACUUUGAUGCGGCAAAUGUGGCCAAGAUCGACAACAGUGAGCUCGAACUGUGAAGGGUGAUACCUGUGCAUCAGAGGCUACAUCUUAUCAUGAGAUAAUGAACAUGUGAGAGAGAUGAAUCUGUUCGGUAAUCAUUAAGGACAGGCCGCAGGCAAAAUUUGGAUUAAAAAUUAAAUAUAAGGUCAAGCUCUCCUGG